AUGAGGUGUUUAAUUCUAAUUGGACAUAUUAAUAAGCGGACACCGUUGGGGCGUGUCCCGUUGCCGUUACUCCCACAGAGGAGCGAGGACAGGGCCAGUGAGAGAUCUUGGGGGCCGCCGGAUCCAAGCCUGGCUUCAGUGCUGAACCAUCAAGCUGGAGUGGUGCUGUAUCAUCCGUUUAUCAGUCUUGCUCCGUCCCUGACCCCAGAGAAACAGCCCUCAGAGUCCAAAGAUGCGAAGAAAUUGCUGACCCUCUGGACCGUGCUAUGUGGUGGUGUUGUUAUUCUUCUUUGGGGGUUUUUCAGUUUUCCUAAAAAAUUUGGAGCCACAAGAGCAGUCAGAAAUAAGACGUGUGACGAUGAAAUGAAGAUAUGCAUGAAUUCCUGGAAUAAACUUAAUCAGAACUGCUUCUUUAUUUUCCAACAUAAAAAUUCAUGGCUCACUGCACAGGAGACCUGCCAGCACUAUGAAGGAACUCUGGUUAAAUUCAACAACAAGAUUGAAUUGGAAACUUUGAUGAAUCAUGUGCGAGCACUAGGAUCGUCAGCGUGGAUUGGACUGAACAAACAAAAUAUACUCAAAUCCUGGGUUUGGACAGAUGGAAGUAGAUACAAUCAUUUGAAGACCAUCCAAGAGCAUGGUGACUGUGCCUUCAUGCAUAAAAAUGGUAUAGACAGUACCAGUUGUAAUGACCUAAAGGACUAUAUUUGUAGCAAAAUAGGCCAGUGCCCUUGAAGAUUUCUUCCAUCCAAAAGAAAAUGAAGAGCAAUGUCUUGUUUUAUGCAUGUUAAACCCAUGGUAAUGUGUUUUCAUUUCCAUCAACAUUGUUUUUAAAUCUGAUUUGACUGAUGAACAUUUACAUGAAUUUUAUCUUCAUCGAAAUAGUUAUUAAUAAGCCUAUAGAUCAAGCGAGAUUUGAGAUGAUACUGCUGAAUCAUCAAAGUUGGUGCAUUUGAGGUUUGGGGAAGGAAGGUCCUUGCUCAGAAGUGAUCCAUCUCAGUGGAGUACACUGAAGGGCAGAGAGAAGAGAAAGGAAGAUCCUCUGCUCAUCUGAAAUUUGUGAAAAACUUCAGAAAAGAGAAACAAGGGCUGUGGGGUGACGUGAACUAAAAAGUGUUCCAUUUGCCCUUAACACAUGGUUCAUGUGGAAUUGUUAACGAAGGCAUGAUGGGGAACUAUUCUGAUUCGGGGCCUUGUGUCAUCACUGGAGACCAGGCAACUCUCCACAGGUCUCUAGACCCCCAGUCAAACUGCUAAACUGAACUAAAGAAAACCUGGACUUGUUGUUGCCAUAGUUACAAAAAGAGUGAAGGAGGCAAGUUUUGUUAUGAGAUAUCAUGAGCAGAACAUGAGCAGUCGGAGGUAGAGAGGAAAACAAAGGAAGAAUCCUGGUGACCUCAAAGGACCUACUGAGAUUAGCCUGGGUCCCCAAAGCUGUUUCACUCAGAUUCUGGCUAAUAUUGAAAUGGUCUUGGAGGAAAGAGAGAGAAGAGGUUAACACUGGUCAUCAUUAAAAAUCUCUUCAGCUAC